AUGACCCUUAACCUAGGAAGAAAAGAUGGAGGGCCCGGGUAUGUUGGUAUUCAGUUUUGCCAAGAAUGUAAUAACAUGCUUUACCCGCGCGAAGAUAAAAACAAUAAAGUUCUGCUAUAUGCCUGUAGAAAUUGCGACUACAAACAGUUAGCCGAUUCGAAUUGUGUGUAUGUUAACAAAAUUAUGCACGAAGUUGACGAAUUAACUCAUAUAAAUCCUGAUGUCGUGAGUGAUCCCACAUUGCCCAGAACAAAAGAUCACAUGUGCCCAAAAUGCAAUCAUCGUGAAGCUGUGUUCUUCCAAGGUCAGACAAGACGAGCAGAAGAAGAAAUGAGACUUUAUUAUGUAUGUACAAGUUGCAAACACAGAUGGACUGAGUGA